CGCCCCUUCAGUACAUCUCGUCCAUCGUCCGAGAAGAGCUAUCGCGCAUUCAGUGUAGUGCCGUAGCUAUCCCGACGAUUAAUAUACCAAAGUUGAUUAUCACUGUCUCUCUUAUCUCUGUUUCACGUUCGCUGACCUGACCUUAUCAUCAGCCACUACAUCUGGAGCACCGCAAGUCAGACGCUGAUUAGAGAGACGCCCUGACGUCCACCAAAGCAGGACCAGCCCCUCAGGAGUAGAAAGACCUCAAAAGACCCCUGAUCUGUCAACGCUCGAGAAUCACUUCAAAGGAACCACCAUGGAACGCUUUCUUCUGGCUACUGUGCUCAUCCUUGGCUGUGCUGCUACCUUGGAAGUCAACUUUAACUUUCAUUGCGACGGCACCAAUGGAGAUGCAACGGGUUUUCCCAAAGAGGUGUGUUACAAUAGACACUGCACCAAAGCUAUCAAGAGUCAUAUCAAGAAUGAGUUUGAUGCUGCCUUCUUAUACAUGCAUAUGGGAGCCUACUUUGCCCAGGACUCUGUAGCCAGACCUGGUUUGGCCAAGUUUAUGCUAGAAUCCGCAUCGGAGGAGAGGAGCCAUGCCAUCCUUAUGCUUGACUAUCUCAACAAGCGAGGUGUCCCUAUCUCACAAGAUCUCAGUUUUACAUUUAAUGAGACCACUAUCAAAGAUGAACAUAAAAAAGAAUCCCUCACCGUGCUUUUGGCGCUCGAAGCGGCUGUCACGAUGGAGAUGACGGUUACAAACCAGAUUCACCACGUCGUAAAGGAAUGCCAGCAUGACUUCCAUGGAGCCGACGUGUUCACCAACCCCAUUUUAGACGAGCAGCACGAAGGCAUCCGUAAGCUUCAGGGCGCGAUCCAGGAAUACAAAAACCUGCUGCAUGGUCACAGCCAACCCGAGGGCAAGGCCAUGGUGGACUUCAUCUUUGACCAAAAGCUUUUGAAGGAAUCCCUUUAAGCACCGUUUCUUUUGGGGGCAGGCUGGCAAAGUGCCAAGCAUCAACGAUUUUUAGAGUGCCAUUUUAUUUGUAGUCUGUGCUUCAUGUUCACAUCCCGUAAAUCAAGCAAAAUGGAGCCUGGGUUAUUAGUAAGGAGGCUAACUGAACAAGAUAUUCAUAUUUCUCCUUCUGUAUAACUUCUUGUAUGCUGAUCCUCCGACUUUUUCCAGUGUUCAUUUUUUUCAAGAAUUUGUGGUUAGAUAUUAAUAUGUAAAGAGGACAAAACAUAUAUAUGUGUGUAUAUAUAUAUAUGUAUAUAUAUGUAUGUGUGUAUGUAUCUGUAUGUAUAUAUGUGUGUAUAUAUGUAUUCUAUAUAUAUUGCAUAUAUAUGUAUAUUGUAUUUAUUUAUACAUAUAUAUAUAUAAUUGAUAUAUAUUUUUAAAGCAGCAUUACCUUAUGAGAUUAUUGAAUGCCAUGUGUCGGCUAAGGUUCACAGAUAACAUGUAAUGAAUACUCAGUAGACGUUCAUUAAAGACACUCAAGUGAA